CAUAGUCAAAAAAGUGUUCGAAUUAAAAUGAAAAAGAAUUAAAUUUUCGAAGAAGAUGCUGAGAAUUUUUAAGAUGGAAUAUCCUAUCAAAAAAAUAUAGAAGAAAUUAAACGUUUAACUAGCAUGAUUAAUUCAAAUAUAUAUGGUGACAAAGCUGAACUUUAUUAUCAAAAAGGAAUGAAUCUAUUUAUCAUAGGUAAUUAUGAGGAAGCAUUACAAAGUUUAAAUAAAGCAACUAAUAUUGAUAAUAAACAUGCAAAUUCUUAUUAUCAGAAGGGAGAAAUAUUGCGUUCUUUUUUAAAAGACUCUAAGGCAGCUAUAAUAGAAUUAGACGAGGCUAUUAGAAUAAAUCCAAAUUAUAUAGAGGCAUAUGAAACAAGAGGUUAUGCACUUAUGGAUUUGGGUAGAUAUAAAGAGUCAGCGAAUUGUUUUGACAAAAUCAUAAGAAUUAAUUUAUAAAUGGGGAACAAAAUAAAACCAGAUAAUUAUGGACUUUUUGAGCUUCCUAAUGGUUAUGAAGGAAAAGCAUCAGCAUUAAAGAAAUAAGGAAGAUGGAAAGAAGUAUUGGAAUGCUACAAUGAACUUAUAAAACAUCAACCAAAUAAUGAACAUCAUUAUCAUGACAGAGCAAAUGCUUUACUUAAUCUUGCAAGAAUAGAUGAAGCACUAGAAUCAUUAGAUAAAGCACUUAGUAUUCAACCAAAAAAUCCUUUUUUCUUAAAUACAAAAGGUAUAGCUCUUGCUAAAUCUGGUAAUAAAAUAGCAACUGAUUAAUUUUAUAAUAUGAUGUUACAAUCAAAAUCUGAAUUUUUAGAUAGAUCUAGCAUCUACUUACAGAGAGCCUUUGCUAUGAAUAUUUUAGACGAUAAAGAAUAAGCACUUAUAAAUUUUGAUAUGGCUAUAAAAGCUUCUCCUGAAUAUUAUUAAGCUUAUAAAGCAAAAGGACAAAUGCUUUAUACUUAAGGAAAUAAAAAAUAAGCCUUAGAUUGUUUUAAUAAAGCUAUAUAAAUAAACCCUAAUUAUGUUGAGGCAUAUCAUUGUCAGGGGAGUAUUUUAUUUGAAUUAGGAUAGUACUGGGAAUCAAUUAAAUCCUAUAACAAGAUAAUUAAAAUUAAUCCUUAUGAUGCAGUUGCUUAUAAUGAUAAAGGAUGGAUCUUAUCUAAAUUAGGAGAUCAUGAAUAAGCACUUGAAUCUAUAAAUUAAUCUUUAGAGAUUAAUCCAGAUUCAGCAUAAACUCAUCACAGCAAAGGAUUUGCAUUAUCUGCUUUAGGUUUCCUAUAAGAAGCCAUUGAAUCUUUUAAUAGAGCAUUAGAGUUUGAUAAUAAGUUAUUAUAAGCUCAUUGUGAUAAAGGAAAAUGUUAUCUUCUUUUAUAAAAUUAUCAACUUGCUAUUGAAUGUUUUGAUAAAGCUUCUACUAUUGAUUCUAAUUGUUCUGAAGCCUAAAAUGGAAUAUUUCAAGCAGAAAAAAUGCUUAAAUAAUUGAAUAAUAUUUAACAAUGAAU